AUGACUGCAAUUUACGACAUGACACGUCGUGUAACCAUGCACGACGUGAAUUCCGAUAUUCCGUUUGAUGAUGUGGAAAAUGAUGUGAACGAGUUUUUCACUGACAGUAAUCAGCAGGCGUAUUACGAUAGACAUCAAUAUGUAGGGUUACAAAGCCACCAAAGAUAUUCGUUAUUGUUUCUCUGAAAUCUUGUUUUUUCAGACUAUCGAGAAACUGCCAGAUAAAGUUCUUCGGGAUAUUUUCCAAUAUUUGUCGCCAAAGCAGGUAAGAUUAACUUUUUUUUUUUGAAGAAACAGACAGAAAAGAGAGUAUUGCAGAUAAACCAAGUAGGCCAAGUAUGCAAGCGUUGGAGGAUCAAUUCUCAGAAUCCGUUGUUGUGGAAGUUUGUGUCAUUCCGUCCAAAUUAUGGAGGAAUCCAGGUUUUUCUUUGCUUUCAGGUCACUUAUGUGUUAGUUUUUUGCAGGUCAAUCCACAGUGCAUGGACUUCUUCCUCGGGAUUAUAGGAACCCGUUUCUCAGAGCUCAGAAUUGUCGAGUUGGCCACAGACCUUAUCACCCCGAAUGUUCUUCACGAACUGGCCAAUCGGUGCCCAAAACUGCAGCAUCUUGCUCUUGGUGAUUAAAACCCAAUUGUUGUGUAUUCUAAACGCUUCUUUUCAGACUUCUCCACUGCGAUGCAGCUUCACGACUUUACCGACCUUCAAACUUUCCCAUCGCGUUUGAAAUCACUCACUCUUUGUCUCUCGGAGAACAUCUUCUUGGAAGGUUUCCUCAGAAAAGUGUACACUUUUAUUUCAUCCGUCGAGACGCUUCAUAUCAUUGGUGAGUAUGUGCGUGUGUGUAUGUAUGUGUCUCUCGCCGCAAUGCAAACAGGCGAAACGAAAAAAGAGAACGAGAGAAGAAAAGAAAAGGCAGGGGGAGAGAGAGAAAUGGCAGCGUGCGUGGUAGAAUGUGUACUGCGUACGCUCUAGGGGAAGUGUGUGCCUCGAUAGCUCAGUUGGGAGAGCGUUAGACUGAAGAUCUAAAGGUCACCAGUUCGAUCCUGGUUCGGGGCAUUUCUUUUUCGCUUUUUUUGUCGGAAUUCAUCACCACGUUUACAGGAACAUACGAGAAAGUGGAAGAUGAAGAAGAAGAAGUCUACGAAACUGUAAAUGUAUUCAAGUUGAAGCAGUUUUUGCCGAAUCUGAGAGUGGUGAACUUGUGGGGUGUUCCGUUUAUCACCGAUGAGCACGUUGACGCGAUUUCUUCGAACUGUGCACAUUUGGAAUGUCUCUGUGUCAACUACUGCCAGAAAGUCACUGGAUCUUGCUUGAAGUUGGUGCUUCAAAGGUGCAGAAAAUUGAGGACUCUUUUUCUUGCCCAUACAAGUGAAUAACCCCUCUAAGUAUGUGUUGUAAUCAGACAUCUUUCAGGGCUUGACAACAACAUCGUCAAAAGCGUGGAUUGGGAGAAAACUCGCAUUGAAGAGCUUGAUAUCAAGGGAACCGAACUCAACUCGGAGGCGCUCAUUUCGAUUCUGACUCGUCUGCCGCAUCUGCGUUGGCUCGACGCCAGCUGGUUGGAAAACAUGACCGACCAGGUGCUCGAGGCCUGGCAAAACUCAAACGCGAUGGGAAGCCUCCAGUUCCUGAACAUGGAUACGUGCGAUUCGCUCAACGAGCAGGCGCUUGUUGACAUGAUCAAACGACACGGCCACCAGUUCCAUGGACUUUGUCUCGGAGGCCAACACAAACUGCUUGAAUACUUUUGGAUGAACAUGAUCCCUCAGCUGAGGAACAUAAGGUGCAAAGAACGGCAGGGUCUAGGUCUAGGAUAAUAAAACCAGAUUAUUUCAGAGUUAUGGUGAUGGGAAUCGCAGAGGAUUGCUGUCCAAAAGUGGUCGCCAAAAUCCACGUCGAUCAGUUUAUUGACUGUAUUGCACAAAACUGCCCAAGAUUGACCCGACUCGAAGUGAGAUGGGAUGAUGAAACACUUCGUUUCUCUGAUAAAUCCAGGUAGAUCGAAAAAUGAAAGAAUCAUCACAAUUUGCAUUGUUUUCAGCAAGUUUAUCGAUGUGCUCCGCAUGAAAUGUCUCAAACUCCACUCGAUUGUUCUUUCGGACGGACAGUAUUAUGAGUUGGUGCGGAGCAAUUUCGAAAGAGCUGAUAGAAUGUCGGUGGUCAGAACGACGGAAAUGUGCCGCACUGGACUUCUCCACUGCUCCAGAUAUUUCAAUCAACUUCUCUUCAAUUAA